UCAAAUCAACCCAAACUGAGUCAGUCCAGUCCUACAUACAUUUUGUCAAGUCUGUCUCCAACCUCCACCUACUCCCUGUUAAAUGUUUUACACUGGACCUGCAGAAUCUGCUAGGACCAGAGACACCACCUCACCAGACACUGUGUACGCUCAGGUAGACAGAUCUGCCAAGUCCAACUACAGAAUUCCCACCCCAGCAACACCCAGAGCUGGAAAUUAAUGAUAGCAUGUCAAGCACUGAAGUUUUGAUUUCCAUGAACUGUAAUCCAUAUUCUUCAAGAUUAAAACAAAAGAGGCUUGAAAUGUUUAACUUUGUGUAAUGAAUCUAGAAUAUAUGCAAGUUUUGCUAUUUGAAUUAAAUUACAGAAGAAAAUUAAAGCUGCAAGCAGUGUUGGGCGGGCCCUCGCAUGUGUAGUGCAUCGGGGUGUGAGGCAGCCGCGUUGCAUACUCUGUAGCUCUGGCAGUGCAGCUGUGAAUUUGCUCGUGCUUCGGAUGCUGCAUGAAGGUGUUAUACGUCACUUCCUGUUUCCCCUUUGUGGCAGUACAUAGCACUUGGUGCUAUGAUUAUAAAUGAAUAUUGGCGUGUAGAUGUGUUUGGGGCAGGACACUUAUCAAGCACGUAAAGUUUUGUGCAGAUGUGAGCAUAUACACUGAAGUUACAACAACUUCCUGUGUCAUGGCGAAGAGUUGAUGUUUGAUGCUGCGCCACGGACACGCCCAUCGACAAAAACUCACCGGUAGCACAACUUUUCUUAUCGUCAGUGCCUUUGGAAUGUACAUUAGAAAAAUUAGAAAAAAGAGGUUAAAACCGCACUUUCAAUUAAAAAUGGCUAACUUCCUGUUGAGUAAGGGUAUUGGUUGUUGAGGCUUUUUUGUGUGUCUUGAUAUGAUACAUGUCCCCAGAAAAUUUUGUGCAUGUAGGUUGAAGUAGGGCUAAUUUUUUCCAACUUUACAGUUGGCGAGACCCUGAAAAUACAUAAAUUUUCACCAGACCUGACAUGUGUGCAAAGAUUGGUGAGUUUUUGUGGACAUCAAAAGUGCGAUUCAUUUGGGAGAAAGAAAGAAUAAUAAUAAUAAUAAUCCUUACAAUUUCAAUAGGGUCCUCGCAUGUUUCAUCCUUGGGCCCUAAAUAACUUUUCCACAACAAUCUAAGUUUUUGUGAUUUACAUUUAUUCAUUUAGCUGACACUUUUAUUCAAAGCGACUUACAAUUGUUAUACAUGUCAGAGGUCGCACGCCUCUGGAGCAACUAGGGCUUAAGUGACUUGCUCAGGGACACAUUGGUGGAUGGGUCACAGUGGGGAAUUGAACCCGGCCUCUCACACCAAAGGUCUUAACCAUUACGCCAUCGCCAUACCUGUAUUUACAGAACUAAACCAUUGCAAGUACAUGUUAGAUUCCAACUCUGUAUUCUGUACUCAUCUUUAAUACGCUGGCACAGGGGGCAUGCUGGAACCUGUUGAGAUCCUGUAUAGCUAUAAACAGCGCUUGGAGUGGAGAAAAAAACAGGUGCCAGUAUUCAUGAUUCACAUGUUGGUUUGUGUAUCGGUUCUAUUCUGUCUCUAGUUUCUCUCUCUAGUUUAUUAGUUGAGAUCAAUAACUCAACUGUUUCACAAAUAAAAAUGUUUUCUGAUAUUACACUACUGUAAGGUUUGAUAAGGGCUAAUGUUAGUGUAUUCAUUAUAAUUCAGAUACUAUACUAUAUAGCUUACCAAUAGUAUUACUGUGCAAGAAAAAUGCUCUACGUGGUGAUUAGUCUCCCAUUUGUUAGGUAGUCGCUCAGUACUUUUAAAACUAGUGGUACUAAUAACUGUUCAUGCAGAACAGCAAUUUCAACAGUUUGCUGUAAUGUCUAUGAAGAUUCUCAGUCAUCCAGGUCAUAGUAAUCCAACGAAGGUUAAAGUCAAGGGCAACUGGACUUGGUUGAAGAUACUGGAAGACGCUUCGUCCCUCAUCCAAAGGACUUCUUCAGUUCUGAAGAAUAUGAAGAACUGAAUGAUAGUUUGCUGUAAUGCGCCGAGAUAAGAUUCCCCGAUUAGCCUCUUCCCUCUCACCCUUUUCAGGAAUAGUAGCCUAAUGUGUUUAAUAUUAAAAUUUAUACAAAUUAUAACAUACUAAGUUAGCCUACUAUUGUAAAAUAAUAUUCUGUUGCACAUUAAAAGAACUUCAUGAUAUGCUAACUAGACAAUUUCCAGGAGCUUGCUCAACCGCCUGAUUGCAAGGGGUUAGGUAAUUUUUCUUCUUUCCCCAAAUUGGCUCUAAUGGGUUAAAAUGUUUUCCCAUUCUCUCUAUAAAAUGUAAUUACAUUUAUCUUUUGUUUUAAUCUAAUAAUUUAUUCUAGCCUAAUCUCUGAAGUCUUUUAGACAUCAUGUCCUGUGCGGCGCGUGUGGAUAAGAUACGUGAAAAGAAAUUAAACGGGUAUUACCAACUAAAAAAAUAUGUUGCGAGGGCUUGCCGAUAACACCACUUAGGGAAUGAGCCCUAGGACUCGGUCGUCUACUCGCGUUGCUCCUGGCUCUGCCCGAAUCCGCCCGACGUCUCCCUGCAGGCCCCUCUAGCGACUGCUCUCACGGUCGCCCGCUGCUGCGUCGUCUCGGCUGCCGCGCCGGUUCCGUCCAAAGCAAUUACUUCCCCACAGGUCUCUCGUAGCUGCCGUCCUCGUGCUCGAUGCCCCCCUGCUCAGAAUGGGGUUCAACACCCUCUGGUGUCUUUUCUCAACUGCCAACAAAAUACCAAGAAGCCUGCCAUUUCAAGUUAAGUGCACUACAUCUAAAGAGCAAAGGGAGCCGUCACACCGGCCCCUAUGAACGUGCACUUCACUAGUUAUGAAUAAAUGUAAAACGGCUGUUUGCUGACUUUGUUAAGAAAACCCCAUUAGUAUCAAGAAAAAAAUCUGAGGAAGUCAGGUAAGGUAAAUGAAGUAGCUAUAUGUAUCUUUUUUAUGUAGUCCUGCUGAAUAAUAUAAGACAUGUCCUUCAUUAAAAUUAUUUGUCAAUUGCCCCUUGCACUCCCUACAGAUAGGUUGAUACUCUCAAACCUGUCAAUUACUGUAUCAAAAUCUAUCUUCACUAGUAAUCUCUUGCUACCAACUUUUAGACAGAGCCUUCAUGUUUUUAAAGACCUGAAAUAACUUUUUUCAUGCAGUUUAAGCAAAUGUCCAACAUGAGACAAAUUAUUAAACAGCUGGGUUCUAAUGGGAUUUUUAACAUGAUUUGUAUUUGUUUUACCUGGCUCCAUGUGAUUUUGUGCAUUCAGUGUAAUGAUGUAAUGAGUCUGUUUCCUCUAUCUUCUCAAACCAUUUUGUGAGUCAGACCCCAAGGUGUUAAUGUAUGUAAAUAGAUGGACUUACCCCAAAUAAAAAUUUCUUAUGUUGUGUUGACAGAUUUUAUUGACCUUUAUUAGCGUCCAGACAUUUCUUUUCAUUGCUUAACAAACUUAGUUGCUAAAACUUGAGCAAAAGACUAACAGUCUAAGCUGCUUUUCAACAGUGAUACUGUAAUAGUGGUUUCAGAGACAGAGGCUGUUUCAAUCGGGGGACAAUGAAGUUGAAAAUCUAGUAAAAUAUACCUAUAUUACCUUAAUUCAGGAGUGUUGUGAGACAUGAAAUGUAUAGUUGUUAAAUAAAGUGUAUCUGGGCAGCCCAGUAUCCUAAUGGUUAAAGCGCAUACCAUAUAACUGCAACAGCCACGGUUUGAUUCUCAGCAGAGAGAGCCUUUUUUGCAUGCCCCUCUUUUUUUCACAUUUCCAGUCUAGCUGUCAAAUAAAGGCAAAAUGCCAAUCAAUCAGUCUCUCUGUCUAACUCUUUUUCUCUCUGUUUAUGGUAUUCUACCAUAGGGCCCUGCUUACCACAAAAUGCUAACACACUUCCUGUGCAAGUUGCUUGAGCAUAAAAGCAGAUCACUUCCUCGUAUGUGACAUGUGACAGAAUGGGAAAUUUUCUAUGUGCUAUUUUUCUGCUGUAUUUGUCUCAAAAACAAGGCUCCAGUGCUGUGACUCCUGUGUUUGUGCAGAAGGGAAAGGAUGUUCUUCUGAACAACAACAUGACAGCUGAUGUUCCUGAGAACUUCUUUACUCUUCAAUGGAAAUUCAAUGCAAAUCUUGUUUUAGUAACAUAUUUACCUGAUAAAGAACCAAAAGUCUCUCCUGUCUACACUGGAAGGAUUGAGACUGAUGUGAAAAAAUACUCUGUGAAAGUGAAGAAUGUACAAAAGGCAGACAGUGGAGUUUAUACUAUAACAGUGACAGGAACUGCAAGAACACAAAUACUAGCUGAAUACGAUGUCAGAGUUCAAGGUCCAGUGUCUCCAGUUGAACUGUCAGUGGACUCUGUGUCCAGCAGCUCAGACUCCUGUAACCUCACUGUGACCUGCAGAACACAGGACUCUAACAUCAGCAGCACUUUCACAUGUGACAACCAAACCUGCAGUCAGGAGGGAGGAGAGCGGUCAGAGGUCACAACCUCUGGUGCUUCUCUACAUGUCUACCUGCUGAAUGACUCAAUCAUCUGUAACCAUAGCAACCAGGUCAGCUGGACCAAGGUCAUUAAAAUGACCGAAAAUGUCUGCCUCCAACAUGCUGAUCCAGAUAAACAAGGCAACAACAUUAUUGUCCUAGUGGUUGUUGCUUUCAUCACAGUUUUUGUCAUAGCAAUUCUUACUGUAGUUCUUACCUUAGUGAACCGGCAUCGAAAGAGACGAAAAUAUGAAAGAGAGAAUGCUGACAAUACAAUCUAUGCAACUCCUCAGGUCGAAGAUAUAACCCGAGGUCUGAAUCAGAGGCCAACAGAUGAUUCUUCCGGUCUUUCUCCAACCUCCACCUACAGCUUGGUAGGGCCUCACACUGGACCCGAGGGAACCACUGAGAGAGGCAGGACUCUGCCAGAGAGCGUGUAUGCUGAGGUACAAAGGGCCAGAUCCUGAAACAAUUCAUCAGGAAUCAGCAAUUUCCAGUUUUUAAGUGCUGCCUAAGCUGGUGACACAGCAAGCACCAACACCCCACCAUCACAUCUUGUACAGUUUGUAUCACAGUUGACAUACCCAUGUGAUCUGCUCCAGUACGGAAAGACUUUUUCCAUCCACAAACAUUGCAAUAGAAAUGCUGCUCUUUGUAUUUUCACAAUUGGAGCCAUUAGGUCCAAUAUAAAUCUAAAUGAGAGGUAUAUUGUAUAGAGUAUAUUGUUUUUGUACCAAUUAUUUGUGUGGGCAGUCGGCCAGCUCAGCCAGAGAAAUACGUGUUACAGCUUUAAAAUGUGUAAACAUCUGAGGGACUGUUGGGCAUGUGCGCAAACUUUCCUAUGAAUGAGAUACCAUCCUGGAACACUUACAUACAAUUCUACUCAUAUAUCCAAGAUCAAUGUGGCAAAGUGGCAAACAUUUAGUUAGCUCUGUCAUCUACCUUUUGUCACCGAAAGAACUACGGGUUGACAUCAUAUGUCAUAAUAGAAAAUAGUUAUUCUUUCAUUAGAAAAGUGACUAGUUUACAUGUAUGGUAAGUUCACCAAUGAGCAUGUCUAAGUAAUGCACACCACUUGCAACCAUUUGCUUGAGUAUUUACAUUACGGCAGUGUGUAUUUGUAUGUAUGUAUGUAUGUAUGUAUGUACUGUCUGUAUAUUAUUUAACUUAUUAGCAUUACACCAACAGACUCUGUUAUUGCUUCGCCGCAGCAGGCGUCCCUUAUUUUUCUGUCUUAUCUUUCUAACCAUUAUUGAGACAGCUUGAAGAUCCGAGUCUUUAUUGAUACCACUAUUGAUACUUUUCUACUUGAUAGAAAGAUCAAACCCAACGGCAGCUGGAGAUAAUGAUAUUCCGACUCAAAGACAGUCGAAGGUAUUGCAUUUUUCCUUUAACUGAUGCGUAACGUUGUGGUGUAUUAGCACUGACGUUGUGUCCCUCCCCUCUUACAAGAAAUUAACCUGGAACAUAAAUGGAAUCCUUAUCUUUGGCUUUAGUGAAAUUAAGACAAGCCUUUGACCACUUUGCACAUUCAGCCAUCCUAGCAAGCAACCAAUUCCCCAAAUGAGAAAUGAAGCGAACAAGGUUGUAAGGUAGGCCUGCAUGAUAUGAGGAAAAUCUGCAACGUACAAUAACAUUGCCAUAUAUUGAGAAAACAAUGACUUGCUGUAAAUAAACAGAUAAUGAACUGUG